ACUAAAAACGAAAACAAGGACUAAACAAUAAUUGUUAAGUUGAUUUUUUGCGUUAAUAUUUUUAAAUGUAAACUUUAAAUAUGGAUCAAGUAAAAUGUGGCAAUAUUUUUAUAACUGGAGAUGGGGAUUUCUCUUUUUUAUGCUUAAACUGUGGUUUUGUUCACUGGGGUUUCAAUGAAUAUAGGAACCAUAUUUUGGAUGAACAUUUCACAAAGUUCUUUGACGAUGGAAAAGACUCAAAAUCAUUUUCUGAUAGCACAAGUUGUCAAAUGGAAGCUCAAGAUAUUCCAGAAAUUUUAGCUAUAGAAAAGCAUGACAUAAUUGAGGAUGAGAGUGAAUUUGAGCAAAAAUAUGAUUGCAAAGAUGACAAGAGCGACUUUGAAGAUAGUGAUGAUUUUUCUGAAAUUAAAAUUGAAAUAAUUAAUGAAGCAGAUGUUUCUGAAUCUGUUCUACUUUUUUGUAGAAAAUGUAAUGAAAAUUUUAAAGAUGUCGAUCUCUUUAAUGAACAUAAGCCAAUUUGUAAUAAUCUCAAAGAUGAGCCGAGUGCUGCAAAUAAAUAUGAAAAAAACAUGAGCAAAGGCAAGUCGACAUCCAAAAAAUUAGUUUGCACUUACUGUGAGAGAGUUUUCUUUAUCGAAAGUGCAUAUCAAAAACAUAUUUUAAUACACGAAACAAAUUCAGACAAAUGUGAGCUUUGUGGAAAAAGGUUUCGUACUUUAGAAUCUCUACGGAACCAUAUCCGACGACAUAAAGGAGAAAAACCAUUUAAAUGCUCUAAAUGUUCAGCUGCUUUCAAUGAUAAAAUCAAUUUAAAAACACAUUACAUUGUUAAACAUACGGAAGGAUUAAAAGUCCCUUGUCAAUAUGAAGGUUGUGAAAGGAUUUUUAAAACAGUAGAAUUAAGAAAGCGUCAUGAAAGAUACAUACACAACAGUGAUCGAAAUUAUUUAUGUGUGCAGUGCGGUAUGAGAUUUAAAACCACCAGUAAAUUAAAUGAACACAUGAAAAAAAGACAUUUAGAUUAUGACGACCGUCCUUUUGAAUGUGGGUUUUGCAAAAAAAAAUUUAUUUUUCAUCAAGACUUAAAGAAUCAUGUAAUGACUCAUACAGGUGAAAAACCAUUUAAAUGUGAAUUAUGCUCAAAAGCCUUUAUUAAAAAAUAUGAAUUAACCAAACAUUUAAGAAAAAAACAUUCUUAUGCUACUGUAGAAAACAUUGUUUAAU